AAUUGCAGCAACUCAAGUCUUGUCUGCAUCUCUGUGGUGGAGCCUUUAGGACAAACUCUACAACCAUGGAGGGGCCUUCAGGAAACUCAGUUUCAAGCCAGCCUUUGAUAGGAAGACUCAGAAGAAGUAUGAUAUCCAACAAAUUACAGAAUAGAAGACAGAUCCAGGUUGCCAAACAUAGAACUUCCAAAGAUUCUAAGAGGUUGACCAGUUGCAUCUUUCCACAGCCUGUGACCAUAAUAACUUCAUACUCUGAGAAUGAAACCAGGUACAGAAAAGAAGAAGCUAAGCUGAAAAAACCCAAGCAGCUGUGUGCAUUGAACAGAUUUCAGAAACAUCAAGUUGGAGACAGUAAAGGGGAUCUAUCAUGUCCAUUGAAGCUUACAAACCCUGUAGAAAGAAUUGCACUGGGUAUGCAGGAUGAAACCAAUGACCAAAGCAGUGUUAAGGAUCAGCUCCCUCCUGGAGAAGUCACCUCUGUCCAUCCCCCAUGCCUGGAAAAGACUGAACAAGAGGCUCUUCAGCUGUCACCAUCUUUCUCCAGUCAAGGGGUAACAAUGUUAGUGCCUCUUCAUCUGUUACCAUCUUACUGCAUACAAAAAGUAACUAUUGCAGACAUCUUGAGUCAGACCUGGAAGGUAAAGAAAGCCAGGAAGAAACUGAGAGAAGCCUUGGAGGCAGAUCGGCUUGCCAGGCAGACAGAGAACAUGGGGGAGCAAAGAUGA